AUGUUGAAAAACGUCAUCUACUGUGGAGUUUGCUCAUAUCCACCAGAAUACUGCGAAUUUUCAGGUAAAUUGAAGCGUUGUAAAGUUUGGCUAUCCGAAAACCAUGCUGACCUGUUUGCAAAACUGUACGGUGCUGAGGAUAAUGCACAAGAGGAAGUCGAAGUCGUAACCAACAAACUGGCCGAAUCCAGCAUCGGUGAAGCCAGAGAAGAAAAGCUGGAAAAAGACUUGUUAAGGAUUCAAAAGAAGCAGGAAAACAGAGAAGAAAGAGAACUGGCCAAGAAACUAUCAUCCAAGGUAAUCAUCAAAAGAGAAGCCAGAACCAAGAAAAAGUUCAUCGUAGCUAUUUCUGGUUUGGAGAUCUUCGACAUCGACAUGAAAAAACUAGCCAAGACAUUUGCAUCUAAGUUCGCCACCGGCUGUUCAGUGUCGAAGAAUGUGGAAAAGAAGGAGGAAGUUGUCAUUCAAGGUGAUGUGAUGGAUGAGGUGGAAGCCUACAUACACUCUUUACUAGAAGAAAAGGGGCUGAAAGACGUCAAAGUGGAAACCAUCGACGCUAAGAAGAAGAAAAAGCCUGCUGCAGAAGGGGCCACCAAGCAAGCAACCAAAUAA